CACCCACCACACCUACCAAUCUUACCGCUGCAUCCGAACAGAAGCGGUAUUCGAGAGCUGGUCGACAUGCCAAGAGUCCUCAGUUACACACCAGAGUGGCUCUCGCGCCCCAGCCCUGGCUACCAUCUGUUUGCGCCUAAGCAGAGCAACGGAAAUGGUACCGCAGCAAAGAGCAGGGAUUUUGGCCCACGGAAGACAAUCGCGACAAGGGGUUCUGAGAUAUUUGUUGCGGUCGGACACGAGAUCAGAUGGGCGGAUCUGGUCAACUUGAAGGAAGGCGUCUCGCCCGCAUAUCGCUCCCUCAGAGUGUCGAUACCGCUCCCCAUCACACGACUCACCAUCUCUCCCGGCGGUGCCUACCUGGCCGUCUCGACAUCGCACACGGUGCACGUCGUGGCCCUCCCCGACUCCUCGCUCCUCGAAUCUGGCAACGACGACAGCCCUAUCAAACCAAAGACCUUCCAAGUCGGUCCCACUGCACACGUUCUCGAAGAGUCGCCAAUCGCGACUACCCUUUGGCAUCCCCUUGGCUACCAUGGGCGGUGUCUGGUCACUAUUACAAAGGCGGGAGUGGUGCGACUAUGGGAAGUCAACCGUGCAGAUAGGUCAACAUUCAGCGAACCUACCCUCUCGAUCGACCUCGUCAAGUUGAUCAAUGCGCAAAAGGACCAGGAUGACCUUGGCGCCUCGAUAUACGGAGCUUCUAAGGGUUUCUCUCCGGAUUCAGUGGAGCUGGAGGUUGCGUCUGCUUGCUUUGGAGACUUCCCUGAACAGGAGGGAGUGCACGGAUGGGCGCCCAUGACGCUCUGGAUUGCCACAGUCAUUGGAAAUGUAUAUGCGCUGUGUCCUGUGCUCCCUAGCCGGUGGCAGCUCGUCGAGACACCUGGCGCGUUCACCUUUCUCCAGACACUGGCCUCCUCCAUCAACAUCAACUACACCGAGCUGUCAGAAAAUGAUGAUGCGCCCAAGGACGAUGUCAAGACAUCGGAGAAGCAGCUGUCUUGGCUUUCUGACAUCAUAUACGAGGAGCCUUUUGUUGAGGCGUUACCCGAUGGUGACACGGUCAAGGUCUUCAAUCGGCCGUCAAGCACGCCCGCAGUUCCACUUCUGCAGGGCCCGUUCGCAAUCGCACCCCAGGUGGAGGAUUUUGAACUCAGCGACAUGAUUGUGUACUCCCUCAAGACCUUCUCGGAUGGCUCAGAAGAGGAAGCCGCUGAAGGUCUGCCAGCUGCUGUCGUCUGCCUGCUGACCGAUACAUGUAAAGUACAUGUUUGCAUUGACUUGGAGGGAAUCGUUGGGCGAUGGCUUCCUUCUGCAGAGGACGACUUCGAAGUCACACAAACCGAGCACGACCUCAUCAUUACAGAGACCAUCCAACUGAAGGGCAAUGGCGAGUCUACGUUCAAUCAGACCAUUACACCAGACGUACACACCGACUUCUCCUUCUUUGUCUCAACUGCUAGUGGAGUCACAUACAUAUCCAUGGAGCCCUGGAUAAGGAAGCUCGAGAAUGAGCUCUCCGAGCCACACACAGAAGGAGCUGAUUUCCGUCUACAGCGUCUGCUUGGGUCAGCUAGCAGCCAGGUCACGCAGUACCUGGAGCGCCGAUCGACAAACACCGCCGAACAAGAAGUCACUUCAGCCGUCAUUGUUGAUGAUGGCAAUGUUGGCUACAUGCUUCUGACCUCAGUCAACGAUGAGCCCCAGGCUGCAUUGCUUGACGCCCCCGAGGAUGGCGUUCCUUCAGAGGAAGAGCUUGCUGAGUACUUGGAAACAGCUGUGCCUCGAAAGGAGGUGCGAGAAGCGUGGCAGCCGCCUAAAGAACUCUACGAGCGUUUUGACCUACUCGGCUCGGUCAGCAUCCCUGCACGACACAAAGCUUCACUCAAGGACGAGGUCAGGCUAUCGCCUGCUAAUCUUGAGUUGCUGAUGGAUGUUCACCGAGCUCUGUCUACGCAGACUGAGAAGCUUCAGAAAGCUGUCGCUGAUCUAUUCAACCGCGCCACACGCCUUCAAGACGAGUUUAGAGACCAAGUCUAUAGGACGGCUGAGGUUGUACCGAAGAUUGAUGCUGUCAUUGGCAACGAUGAGGAGCCGUCAGACAACGGGUCAGUGUAUGGCACCGCCCAGAUCGACGACCGCUUGGAGCAGGUCAGAAAGAGGCAGGACGCAAUAAACGCGCGCUACGAGAGUCUUCGCCGGAAGAUGAACAACAUUGGCUCGACAGAGCUUAGCGAGAAGGAGGCCAGCUACGUCGAGGAAUUGCAGACGAUGGACAGCUCUGUGGAUAAGUCGAAUAGGACGUUGACCGAUGAUGUCGAUGGGAGCGAAGUCCCAGCGUGGCAGCGCCUGAACAAACUCAAGGAGCUCCACAAGACGCUGGCGGAACAGGUGGAAGAUACCCAACAGGAGGCGCAGAAAGAACAAGCGCGUGCGGCUAGUGUGAAAGUACCGUCGUACUCACGCAGGCAGGAGAACGAGUACAUUCAAGAGUUGCUUCAGCGCAACACUGCGCUUGUGGAUGCGGCAACUACUCGACUGCGGAGUCUUGGCAUAUCUAUACCUGUGGAGGGAGGGAAUUGAGGUUAGUAUCGGUGGAAAAGUUGGAUACUGCAUGUCGUCAGCCACACAGCAGCUAUUUACAGAUGUGCAUGCACGAGGUGCGUCGCCAAGCUAUCUUGUGAUUGGGGUUGAUUGGGGGGGGGGCUGGAAAUGCGGAGUUCCGUAUC